AAUUCCGUCUUUCGAACUAACGCGAAAACGAAGCCUUCCAAAACCCUAGUCGAGACUCCCAAUAUAAGCUUCCACUCCCAUUGCUACGCCCUUUAUCUCGGCCGUAGCAGCAGCAGCAGCAGCAGCAGCAGCAGGGGGCGUGCUCCGCAAACUCAACAACUGCAGCAACAAUGGGAGCUUACACUUAUGUUUCGGAGCUCUGGAGGAAGAAGCAGUCCGAUGUGAUGAGGUUCUUGCUGAGGGUGAGGUGCUGGGAGUAUCGCCAGCUUCCUUCCAUUGUCCGUGUCACGCACCCUACUCGACCUGAUAAAGCUCGCCGGUUGGGUUACAAGGCCAAGCAGGGUUAUGUGAUCUAUCGUGUCCGUGUAAGACGUGGUGGACGGAAGAGACCAGUACCCAAGGGUAUUGUGUAUGGUAAGCCCACAAACCAGGGAGUUACUCAGCUGAAAUUCCAGCGCAGCAAGCGCUCUGUUGCAGAGGAACGUGCUGGCCGGAAGCUAGGUGGUCUCAAGGUUCUGAACUCGUAUUGGCUCAAUGAGGAUUCUACUUACAAGUACUUCGAGGUAAUUUUGGUUGAUGCUGCCCACAAUGCCAUCCGCAAUGACCCAAGGAUCAACUGGAUCUGCAACCCGGUUCAUAAGCACAGGGAGCUUCGAGGACUCACAUCAGCUGGGAAGGAAAACAGGGGUCUCCGCGGAAAGGGACACUUGCACCACAAGCAAAGACCGUCAAGAAGGGCUACCUGGAAGAGGAACAACACACUCUCCCUCCGUCGCUACCGUUAAUUUGUGCCGUGUUCUUGGUAUUAUCAUAUCCUUGUUCUGGGCCUUUUGUCGUCAGGCUCUUUUUUUUUUUCUUGCUUUGAGACUAAAAGUUUUGGAUUGUCUUAGUUGAACGCGGUUGCUUUGUGUUGGGUAAACCAAGGAUUUUAUUCUCUAUUUGGGAUGUUUAAUCAUAUGACUCCUUUUUCA